GGACCGGAUGGACCUCUCCGUCACGCUGGCCCUGAGCUCCCCCACGGAGCACGGGGAGCAGUUGAGGCGGCGGCAGCACUCGUUAUCGGAACUGACUUAUUCAAGAGACGACGACACGAAACUCGAGACCACGCGUGCACGGCUGUUGGGUGUUCUCAAAAGGCAUGAAGAUCUGAAAGAGCGUCUCUCGCGGUACUCCUUUCUCUGCUCUUUUUUAUUUUAUUAUUUUCCGUCCAAGCUUAUGGAUUGA